UUUGAUCAAUAUUCCCCCGCCGCUCCAAUUGGAGGCGCAUGUUCAGAUCCGCUCCUCACUUCACCACCAUCUUUGCCAGUGUGAAAUAGUCCUAUUUUCCUCUGGCAAAAUAUUUUUACCCCUCGCCCAGCUCAGUCGUUGUAUCUGAAACGUUUGAAGAGGGAGGGAGGAGGAAAGAGGGACAUAGCGGGAUUUAUAUCCAGCGCAGUGUAUCUGCCUUUUCCAGGUCGCUUUUAAGGAAUUGAAAUCAGACAGAAAAUGGGACCAAACCUUCUGCAGUCUGUCUUCCUAAUACUCAACGUGCUUUUUCGCGCAGCCUUGAGUGCUUUCCCCAGCAAUGUCCAAAUAGGGGGAUUGUUCGCCAGAAGUACAGAUCAGGAAAAUAGCGCCUUUCGAUUCGGGAUUUACCUUCAUAACACGAACCCAAACAUUUCCGAAGCUCCAUUUGCUCUCACCCCACAUGUCGAUAACCUCGAGUCUUCCAACAGUUUCUCGGUGACCAAUGCUUUCUGUUCACAGUAUUCCAAAGGAGUUUAUGCCAUUUUUGGCUUCUAUGAUAAGAGAUCGGUGAACACGCUAACAUCUUUCUGCGGAGCACUGCACACUUCCUUCAUCACGCCAAGUUUUCCUACAGAAGGUGAAGUUCAGUUCGUUAUUCAACUGAGGCCUCCACUACAAGGAGCACUAUUAAGCCUUCUUACGCACUACAAGUGGGAAAGAUUUGUCUAUCUGUAUGACACAGACAGAGGAUAUUCCAUCCUGCAAGUAAUAAUGGAAGCUGCUGUCCAGAAUAACUGGCAAGUUACAGCAAAAUCAGUUGGAAGCAUCACCGAUGUGAUGGAGUAUAGACGGAUCUUUGAAGAAAUGGACAAGAGACAAGAAAGAAGAUACUUAAUAGACUGUGAAUUAAACAGGCUGAAUGCGAUUCUGGAUCAGGCUGUAAACGUUGGCAAAAACAUCAGAGGUUAUCAUUACAUGCUGGCCACCUUGGGCUUUUCUGAUCUUGUGCUUGAUAAAUUUAUGGAGACGGGAGUCAACGUAACUGGCUUUCAGCUUGUGAAUUACGAAGAUCCAAUGGUACAAAAGUUCAUGCAAAGGUGGACAAAGCUGGAUCAGAGAGAGUAUCCUGGAACGGCUGCUAGCACUUUGAAGUUUACUGCUGCCUUGACAUACGAUGGAAUAUUUGUCAUCGCAGAAGCUUUUCGUUAUCUCCGAAAACAGCGGAUUGAUAUUUCAAGAAGAGUAACUACUGGAGACUGCUUGGCCAAUCCUGCAGUACCUUGGAGUCAAGGAAUCGAUAUAGAACGAGCUUUGAAACAGGUACGAGGCCGAGGGCUAACUGGAAACCUACAAUUUGACAACUAUGGGCGAAGGUCAAACUACACCAUCGAUGUUUAUGAGCUACGACCUACUGGUCCUCGAAAGAUUGGGUACUGGAAUGAAUAUGAAAGGCUGGUGACUAUCGAUGAACUACAGCAGGUUAAUGAAUCGUCGUCUGCUGAAAACAGAACGAUAGUAGUCACAACAAUCAUGGAAUCACCGUAUGUAAUGCUGAAGAAAAAUCAUGAACAGUUUGGUGCAAAUGAUAGAUAUGAAGGCUAUUGUGUGGAUUUAGCUUUUGAAAUAGCCAAGCAUGUUGGCAUUAAAUAUAAACUGUCAGUUGUCCCUGACGGUAAAUAUGGAGCUAGAGAUCCUGAAACUAAAAUCUGGAAUGGAAUGGUGGGGGAGCUGGUAUAUGGGAGAGCUGAUAUUGCUGUUGCACCACUCACUAUAACUUUGGUUCGAGAAGAAGUCAUUGACUUUUCCAAACCUUUCAUGAGUCUUGGUAUUUCAAUAAUGAUAAAGAAGCCCCAAAAGUCCAAACCAGGAGUGUUCUCUUUUCUGGACCCUUUGGCUUAUGAGAUUUGGAUGUGCAUAGUCUUCGCCUACAUUGGAGUCAGCGUAGUCCUUUUCCUGGUCAGCAGAUUCAGUCCUUAUGAAUGGCAUAUGGAAGAAAAUGAAGAAGGACGAGAUCCCCAAAAUACUGAGCCACCUAAUGAGUUUGGGAUAUUUAAUAGUCUCUGGUUUUCUCUGGGUGCCUUUAUGCAGCAAGGAUGCGAUAUUUCACCAAGAUCUCUCUCGGGGCGAAUUGUUGGAGGCGUCUGGUGGUUCUUCACCUUGAUAAUAAUCUCAUCAUAUACUGCCAACCUUGCUGCUUUUCUCACUGUGGAGAGAAUGGUUUCCCCAAUAGAAAGCGCAGAGGAUCUUGCAAAACAAACAGAAAUUGCUUAUGGGACAUUGGAUUCAGGCUCUACCAAAGAAUUUUUCAGACGUUCAAAAAUAGCUGUCUAUGAAAAAAUGUGGUCCUACAUGAAGUCUGCCGAACCAUCUGUGUUCACCAAAACAACAGCUGAUGGAGUUGCUAAAGUUCGGAAAUCAAAGGGAAAGUUUGCCUUCUUACUAGAAUCAACAAUGAACGAAUACAUUGAGCAGAGAAAGCCAUGUGACACCAUGAAAGUAGGAGGGAACCUUGACUCGAAAGGCUAUGGAGUGGCAACCCCUAAAGGAGCAUCAUUAAGAACGCCUGUAAACCUUGCAGUAUUGAAACUCAGUGAGCAAGGCGUCUUAGACAAGCUGAAAAACAAAUGGUGGUACGAUAAAGGUGAAUGUGGAAGCAAGGACUCCGGAAGUAAGGACAAGACGAGCGCCCUGAGCCUGAGCAAUGUGGCUGGAGUCUUCUACAUUUUGGUCGGAGGACUUGGCUUGGCAAUGAUGGUGGCUUUAAUAGAAUUCUGUUACAAGUCCAGAGCAGAAGCGAAGACACUGAAGGUGGCAAAGAGUGCACAGAAUUUUAAGCCAGCUCCCACACAGAAUACCCAGAAUUUCGCAACGUAUAGAGAAGGUUACAACGUAUAUGGGACCGAAAGUGUUAAAAUCUAGGGGUAGGAGUGAGGUCCUAAUACCCUGACCUAUGCUGAUGCCACGCAAAACAAAGGAACAUUGUCCGUAAUUGGGAGCAUUGGAGGAAAGGGCCGUGCCAUGACCCCUGACUACCUGCGGUCACUGCACGCUGUACCGGGAGUCAGACAUGGUACCGGAGUGGCUGAUGGUGCACCAGACUUUUCAUAAUAAACUGAA